CUUCCAGAUUAAUCAGAAGGCGUGUGCCAGCUGCGGGACAUUUGAUGACACCAAGACGUUUAUGGUUGAAUAAAAUUCCGACACAAUGUGAUGUAGUUGUUGAGUUUCCUGCAGAAAAUGCACCAGAUGAAGCUCUGCGAUGGCUGUUAAAUAGAAUAAGAUCUCCACAACCUGAAGGAUUAGGUCUUCAGUGCCUAGUAAGGGCACAUGAAAGUACAAAACGAACAGCCUUCUAUAUAUCCGCCCCCACAAAUGUUCUUUUCAAAGCUGCCGAAGUAUACCGACUACCAAAGCGUCUACGUUCCGAUUUGGGUGGUGCUUUGCGUGAUUUUACAACACGUGAAAGUCACUGCUUUGAACAGAUAAAAGGCGAUGAAGGGAAAGUCACUCUGUUUACGUCACAGGAGCGUCAAUGGUUGGUUUUUCAAGUGAUUCAAGGUCUUCGAGCGACAUCGUUGGAUGUGUCCGUAUUUCAAGGGCGUGCUAAAGUGGAAGAAGGACAAAGCAUUAUAGCCGCAUGGCAAGAGUGCGGACUCAUUGAACAAGUUUUCCCCCUUCACGAAACAAAUGCCUUAACAAAAUUAAAAUCGAGUUGGGUUAGAAAGUUUUUUGCUCCGCAGCCUCUUGAUGACAUUGCAUCAUAUUUCGGUGUUAAAGUUGCGCUUUAUUUCGCAUGGCUUGGUCACUACACGUGUGCUUUAUGCGUGCCAGCUAUUUUAGGAUCGUUGUUAUGGGCUGGUCUCUACGGACCACAAGAUAUCGGACAUGUUUUGUUCUCAUUAUUUAAUGUUGCUUGGGCGUCACUUUAUUUGGAAGCAUGGCGACGAUAUUCAACAGAAUUGGCCUUUCGAUGGGGAACGUUAUCAACCCCACCAGAACUUUUAGAACCUCCGCGGCCUCUUUACAAAGGACCGCUUGAAGAGAGUUCAGUGACUGGACGACUAGAACCAAAAGAAGCUCCUGCAUGGAAGCGACGAACUUUUCGAUAUUUAGUUAGUUUCCCAAUUAUCGGAUUAUGCUUGUUUGCCGUCUUCAUCGUGAUGUUUCUCAUUUUACGAUUGCAGGACUGGUGGGACAGCAAGUUACCGGAAAGUGGUGUCAUUAGUUGGUUGAGUGUGAUACCGAAAGUGUUGCUAGCUGCUGCUAUUACAAUAAUGGAUGAACUUUAUUAUAAACUUGCGGUGUGGCUUAAUGAUCAAGAAAACUAUCGUGAACAAUCGAAAUACGAUAAUCAUUUAAUCGGAAAAGUAGCACUCUUCCAAUUUGUCAAUUCCUUCUUAUCUUUGUUUUAUAUUGCGUUCUAUCUGAGGGAUCAAGAGCAGCUUAAAGAGCAAUUGGCCGGUUUGUUAAUAUCAAGACAAAUUAUUGGGAAUUUGAGAGAGUCAGCUUGUCCUUAUAUUUAUGAGCAAUGGCGAUUGGCAACGUUAAGUUUUAAUAUGUGGGGGGCUUUAAGUCCAACAAGAGAAUUGCCACCACCGUCUGAUGACAUUAAGAAAAUUGAUACCGAGCCAGAGAAAAGUGACCGUCCACCCACACCCAAACGUAGCAUUGGCCAAGCAGAAAUCGAAAGCGCAUACUUUAAAUAUGACGGAACAUUCUAUGAUCAUCUAGAAAUGCUUGUUCAAAUGGGAUACGUCGUUCUGUUCUCGUCAGCAUUUCCAUUAGCUGGAUUGUGUGCAUUAGCUAAUAAUUUACUAGAAAUUAGGUCUGAUGCUUUCAAGUUAGCGCAUGUUCAUCAACGUCCAUUCGGUCAAAGGGUGGCAAACAUUGGAACAUGGCAAAAUGCAUUGGGAUUAUUAGGAAUGGCUGCAGUUAUUGUAAACUGUGCAUUAAUUGGAUUGUCUGGACAAGUUUCUAGACUUUGGCCUGGUUUAACUCAGACACAAACGGUUGUUUUGAUUGUUGCACUCGAGCAUAUAAUGCUUGGACUUCGUUCAGCUUUGAAAUACAUUCUCCCUGAACUUCCGGAAUGGUUGGCGGCUGAAAUUGCUAGAGCAGAACAUUGUCGAAGAGAAAUGCAAUGUAAGGGACCAUCGCCAAGGGCGACACCACCUUCUCCACUCUCUUCUACUUCAAUGUCACAUGAGCAAAAUACUCCAGACAUGUUUGAUAAACACGACCCAAAUGUUAUCGGUCACGACCCCGACGACAUUGUUUUCGAACGUAUGACACCGAUCAGCCCAAAACGCUUUGAGGAACCUUUACAUCGUGAUUCAUUCUCUUACAAUCAACAUCAUCGAACAUCACGUGGAAGCACAGAUCAUGAAAUUCCUUAUCAUAUCAGAGACAAUGGAACACCAGACUCACCAAUUUCACAGACAAGUACUGUUUUAUGUCUGCGACCACUACACGAAUCUUCUACAUCUGGGCAAUCUGUUCAAAACAAUCCUUUCGAUUCAGCUGCGCAAGCUAAUUCAGGUGCAUGCAAAAGCAAUUUUGUGAAGUCCUUAAAAACUAAAAUACAAGAAAUUCCGCCGUUUAAGGGACCUGUUGUUGCAAGUAAUAUGUACAAUAAAGUAGUUGAAACUAUAAAGAAAUCGUCAACAGGUUCGCCAGGCUCAGCAUCAUCCAUGGUUGCACCAACGAAAUCAACUUCGCAACCAAUUCAGAUUCCUGAAAUACCUCCAUUUAGAAAGCAUGAGAAUCAACAUAGCAAUUAUCCACCAUUUCAUCAAAUUACUGGUCAAAGCACAGCAUCAUCGAGUGUCUCUCCCCCUAAACUAUCAGAAAUUCCUCCAUUUCAACAAAGAAAGUCAAAAGAUUUCGUUCAAACUGAACAAAAUUCGACAGACAGCGCUCAUCCUGAACAUCAAUUAACGAUUGGUCCAUCUGGAGGUGCAGAAUGGAUGCGUCGUCUUAAAGUAAACGAACAAUCGCCCAUUCAUCGAAGUACAGACUGCAUAGUUUCUAAAGACUUGGGAACAAGUUCUGAUUCUGAAUUAUUAAAACCAGCCCCUUCAUGGUCGAAUGUUGCACUUAAAACAACUGAACAAGCUGGAACAAGUGCAAGUGCUCCGUCGGUGCCAAAAGCUACAACAACUGAAGAAGAGCAAAGAGCAGCUGAGAUUGCAGCAAAGAAAUCGAGACUUAAGCAAAAACUUGUGAAAAGUGCAAGGUCAGUUGCAAUAUUUUCGCUUAAACUUAAAGAAAGACGAGCAAGAGAAGCUGAACGUUUGGCAAAAGAGAAAGCAGAAGAAUUAGCUCAAGAAAAAGCAAUGUCAGCACCAGGAAUGUGUGGGGGUGGUGGUGAACUUAAUCUUAUACCUCUAGAGCAAUUAAUUCACAUCGAAGAUGUCGUCAAUCGACGAUCUUCUAACACUCAAAAUAAUAAUGGCUCAGGAACUUAGAAGCUAAAGGAAAUCAAGUUAUAGGAGUUACGG